AUGGGUAGUCAGACAAUGAAGGGGCCCGAUGGGGCGAUCGUUUUGGCGGACUCGUCGAAAUCGCCAGAGGAAAAAAAAUAUACGGAGUUAAUCACAGCAAAUAAGACAGCCGAGAUGGUGGGCGAGUACCGCAAGUAUAACGCGUCGUCGGCGCGAGAAGAGGUUGAGUCAGAACGUGACACCUCAUCUGGUAACGAAUCAAAGAGCGACGGCGCUGUUGAGCCAUAUGCAAACAAGGGCAAAGAAGUGUCAGCGGACAAGCGUGACAACCGGAGGGGGCGUAAGCGCCGUCAACGAAAGAGGGGCACUCCUUCACAUCGCGAGGAAGGUGCUGCGUCGGAAGGCGACGAGGAGGUCGAGGAUGACGGACAUGUCAAAGAAGCUCGGUCAGCAGGCAGGCGAGCAGGCCAACGCGGUGGAAGUUAUACCCGUAGCGGGAAGGCUGCGGAGGAUCCUGGCAGUCCAUCACGCCGCCAAGGAAUGGCAUUGGCGCGUGGCGACGAGCAGGAACAUGCCGAGAUUGAAGGGCGUGGUCGUGGAAAGCGCAACAGCACCAAGGCGACGGCGGCAAAGGGCUUUUCCUCGGGCAGGCACUCGGAGGAUGUGGCUGGUGGCGACGUGCAGGAAGAUGCCGAGCUUGAAGGGCGUGGUGGUGGAAAGCGCAACAGCACCAAGGCGGCAGCGGCAAAGGGCGUUUCCUCAGGCAGGGAGUCGGAGGAUGUGGCUGGUGGCGACGUGCAGGAACAUGCCGAGCUUGAAGGGCGUGGUGGUGGAAAGCGCAACAGCACCAAGGCGGCGGCGGCGGCAAAGGGCAGUCCCUCGGGCAGGCUUUCCCAGGAUGUGGCUGGCGGCGACGAGCAGGCGCUGCCCGAGCCCGUCAUCAAAGUUGCUUGCGCUGCAGGGAUAGCACACCAGCGAGGCGGUGGCGGCAUCGAUCAGGAUGAGGACGAGCAUGCAGCAGUGGCUGAUGGGAAAGAGCAUGGACGUAAAGCUGUGAUUCCUUACAAACGACGCAAUGCUGUGGUCUCGGGCGGUCGCGACCGUAAUGCGAGACAAGCUCGACAAGGCCCGGAAAAGUAUGUUUCGGGCUCGUCGGGUUCGGAGGAGGGAUCCAGCGACAGUGAGUCAGGCAGCUCAUCCGGGAGUGAGGAGGUAUACGAGGAGGAGGAGGAGGAGGAGGAGGAGGAGGAGGAGGAGGAGGAGGAGGAGGAGGAGGAGGAGGAGGAGGAGGAGGAGGAGGAGGAGGAGGAGGAGGAGGAGGAGGAGGAGGAUGAGGAGUUGGAGCCGGAGAGCGAGGACGGGGAAGAGGCUCGGCCUCGGCACGAACCCUCGGCCGCUGCAGCAGCCAAUGACGGUGUGGGAGGAGGUGUGUGGGCGAAUGCCUUGGGUGAAUAUGGUGGCGGUGUGGAAGGCUCCACGUGGGAUGUACGGGAGAGCAGGGGACAAGGAGGAGACGCGAAAAUGGAGGGGGCAAUGAAGGAGGGGAGGGGAGAGAGCAUGGGUACGCCUGGCGCAUCCAGUUGGCCCGAUAUGGCUGGCAGCAGGACUGUGGAGCAGCUCUUGCGAGAGCUUGCUCAGCGGGACCGCGAAAUUGCGGAACUAAAGGCAAGGCCAGGAUCCAAAGGACCAGCUAAACCCUGCACCCCUCCGUCCAUGCCUCCUCCUCUAGCUUCCAUGUCGAGCGGCCCAUCUGCAGGGGGCCUCAGUCCUGGUGUGGCGCCAGAAAGCUCUGCGACGGAAGACGUACCGGUCCGUCGAACGCGUGGGAUGCCCGGACCCAAGCUGCUGAAGGUUCAUUUCGCCGUGGGGCGGGACCGGAUGUGCCUAGAAUGGCCAGACGAUGCCAUAGACUUCUACCCAACGCUCGAACAGCGCCUGCAGGUUUUGUAUCAAGUUAUCAGCGAGACGCACAUCAUCAACUUGACGAAGCUGCGAGAGGCUAUGGAAGACAAAAACAUCGUCGACGGCUUCAAACGCGCUUGGACAUCAUGGAAGAACGAUCGUGGCUUCCACCUCAAGCGUAGAGUGCUUGUAACUUUCGGCAAGAAGGUGGAAGGCCUGCGUGCAGCCAAUCUCUGGAUGGGCACCAAGAAGAAGAAGAAGAUGUGGAAAAAAUACCAACCGAGAGGGAAUCAACGGGUCAGCUCGUGGGGGAACAACAGAGGAGGGCUCCCGUUUGCCAACGGCCGGUUUGUAGAUGCGGUCCGGGAAUCAUUCCGGAAUCUCUGUGUCGGGCGCCGGGUGUGCGUCAAAGCCUACCACAUAGCCUGGUCAAUCAUGGUGAUUGACCAGGGCUUGGCAAAGGUUAAGAAGACAGACUGGAACGUCUCGAACCCCCACCGGAAAAACACUGAAUGGAUGGCGGGUUUGCACCGAAAUGUGCGGUGGGUUAUCAAGGACCACUUCACAUGCCACACCCCCGUGUACAACACAGACGUGCAGGGCUUCAAGUGGGGCGACCGUGGGCUGUAUGUUCACGAGUCAGGAUUUGAGGCGUUCCGGGGGACGGCCGCGCCUGAUAAGGAGAAGAAGGACUUGAAGGAGGAAGAGCCGGAGGUGUACGACACGGAGGACAUGGAGACGGAUGACGAGGAGGAUGAGGAGGAUGAGGAGGAGGACGAGGAGGAGGAGGAGGAGGAGGAGGAGGAGGAGGAGGAGGACGAGGAGGAGGAGGAGGAGGAGGACUUCUCCAUUGAAGCCUCCUCUCUUCACUACGACCAGCUUUUCAGCCUCCUUCAACUCACCAACCUCACCCGCCUCUCCUUGCCUGAUAAAAUUCGCCUUAUUUCACCAGGUCCGCCUGCCUUCUCACUCGCCCAGCUACCUGCUCUCGAGUCUCUCAAGUUUGGACUGCGCGGUGCUCAAUUCAGCGUUUUUCCCCCUCUUGAAUCGCCAUACAGCUCCCUGAAACGCCUGCAGCUCAGCAAAUGCUUCAGCCAAGAGCGGCUUCCAGACAGUAUAGGCGAGAUGCUGCCGUGCCUCCAAGAGCUCAGCAUCAGCGGGUGCGAAAGCUUCCGUGACUUGACUGAUGAGUUCACCUCCCUCACCUGCCUGGAGAGCUUGACCAUUUCCUCUUGCCCCUUGUCCGCUCUACCUGAAAACUUCGGCAACCUGCCAGCCUUGAAGACGCUGGUGCUGCGCACCCUGCGGCUUAGCCAUUUCCCUGCUUCCUUCACCAGACUCGCAUCUCUGGAGUCGCUUUUUGUGUUUUGGUGCAUUGGGGUGGACACACUACCUGCAGGGUUUGGCCGCCUCACUGCACUGCAGACUCUCAGCCUUGAAUGGCUGAUGAAUCUGGACCUUCCAGAAGACUUGGGGGGACUCACCAAUUUCCAAACCUUCCAUCUCACCAAAAACACGGAAGAGCAGCUGCCGCCCUUAUUCACGCAGCUGGCGUCACUGACCAGGUUGGAGCUGGAUCGGUGCGAGAUUGCCGAGCUUCCUGCGGGCAUGGCGGAGAUGACAAACCUGCAGGAGCUUUGCCUUCGGAAGUGCCCGGCCAUCAACGAGCUUCCGGAAUUUGUGACGGCGCUGGUCAACCUUCAAGUGCUGAGGAUUCAGGAGUGUCGCCGUCUCUCAUCGGUUCCCAGGAGGCUGGAUAGCCUCACCAGGCUGAAAGAGUUGGAGCUGAGGAAAUGUUGGCUGCUGAGAGAAGCUCAGGCUCUGCCAUUCAGUCUCCAGGCACUAUCCUACUUCGAAAACAGUCAGCACAUGGUGUCUCCGCCAGACAUUUCAAGGCUUACCGAGCUCGGGGUAUUGUUCUUGGGCAUCAUCCGUGCACCAUUUCUUGACGCCAUUGCUGCCAGCCUCGCUUCUCUCUCUGGUCUGGAGCACCUGCAGGUGCAGCUGGGCGAAGAUGCAGAGGAGUUUCUGUCCCUGUUGGCAAGGCUACCUCGCCUCCGCGUCUUGGCGCUCAAGGAGGCCCGCAGCUUGAACAGGCUGGUGGAAUCUGACGGCCCGGCAUUGCAGGAGCUGCGGCAGCUGAACAUCCACACCACGGGUGAAGAACUCACGGCGCUGCCUGCUGCCAUCACCACUCUUCACCGCCUCACAUCCAUUCAGAUCCAUGCGCGGAGGUUAUCUUCCCUUCCAGAUGCCAUUGGGGCAUUCUCAAGGCUGCGCAGGCUGGACUUAUCCAACUGCUGGUCCCUCACGCAUCUCCCUGCUUCCCUCACGCAGCUCUCCUGCCUGCAUCAUCUGAACGCCAGCAACACCAGAAUCCGCCUGCUUCCUGCUGGCUUUGCUCAGCUCAGCAGGCUGAAGUUCCUCGACCUUCAGAAUUGCAAGCAGCUUCUGGCUCUGCCUUACGACAUAGGAGAUCUUAGAGUGCUCCAACAGCUUCUAAUCGAGGGCUGUGACAUGCUCCAUAUUUGA